AUGAGAUGCGGCUCCAAAGGUUCUGCGAAUGCUCAGGAAAAAUCGCGUUGGGUCCCAUUCAACACAGUUAAGAACAUUCUAACAACCCCGCAGCAGCUCGCGAGGGUGGAAACCCAGGGAGAUUUUGCUCAAGAGCCUUUGGCAGUUGGCCUUCAUAUUUCCAAAACGGAAAGCUGUAUUCCGUUGCUUUUGGAAAAUGAAGCAGAUAAGUGUAACUUUGUGGAAAUGCUGAAGUCAUUUGGGAUACAUCCGCACAAGUCCAAGAAGUCGGAGGCGAGCGAGGACCGGCAGAACCAGCCAGUUGAAUCCCAUGCUUCCUAA